GCGGAGGAGGAACAGGCAGAGAGAGAGAACCCAGCCCUUCAAUGCACGGCAGCGAACGGCAAGAACCAGAGGGGCAACGCUUGGCUGAAUUAUUCCAAUUUUUUUUUUUUAUUAUUUUUUUUUUUUAGUGGGGGGGUUUGCAAAGACCGACGCUGCGGAUAUGAACUAAACAGAAGAGGAGCGCACCAUCGUGCUCCUAUAGCCCGAAUAUCCACAGCACACCGCCCCCUUUCUCCUCCUCCUUGUCCUCUCCCAUAAACCCUCCUUUCGCUCCCCUUUCCCCACAUUAGGGCUCUACACACCCAAAGCCCCCCCACCGACGCCCCCUCCCCCCCCCCCCCCUUACGAGAUGCACACGGAGAGCCGCCACAAGAAAAGGAGGAGCGGUGGCCAGAAGAAGAAGAAGAAGCCGUCGCCCGCCGCCGUGACGCAGGAGGCCGCACCGCCCUCGCCGGCCAAGGAGGAGGAAGAGGAGGAAGAGAAGGAAGAGGAGGCGUCAGACAUGCCCUCGGUCCAGAUUAAAGCUGAGCCAGAGGAGAUGGAGUGCACGGCCGACGUUGGUGACGAGGGUUCCCGGCAGACCAACCCCGACGUGAAGACGGACGUGUGGAGCUGCAAGGCCGAGCCGUCCUCGCCGAGCCCGCGCUCGGCCGAGGACCAGACGGAACCGGUGGACCUGUCCCUCCACAAGCCUCGUUCGUCCUCGCUGCCCCUCGCCACCGUCAACGUGCCCGUCAACCCUGCGCCGGGAAGCGGGCUGGCACAGCCUGGACUCACGGCCACGCCCGUCACCUCGAACGUACAGUCGAUAGGAUCCAUGGUUCUUUCGCCAGGCUCCAUUUUGGCCACGCAGGGCGCGGGCGGUCAGCAAAUCCUCCACGUCAUCCACACCAUCCCGUCGGUCAGCAUGCCCAGCAAGGUGGGCCAACUGCAGACCAUCCCUGUGGUGGUGCAGUCUUUACCUGUGGUCUACACCACCCUGCCCGCAGACGGCGUCGCUACCGCGGCUAUCACCGUGCCGCUCAUUGGCAGCGACGGGCGAUCGGAAGGCUCGGUCCGCAUUAAGCCUGGCUCGACGUCUCCGGUGGAAUAUCACAGCGAAAGCGAUGCCGAGAGCGGAACGGAGUCCGGAUCGGCGUCACUCAGUGCCCAGAGCCUCGACACAGGGUCGGUGUUGGACUUGGAGCAGGUGGAUCCCGACUCCCCGGACGUGAAGAGGCGGCGGAUCCACAUGUGCGACUACGAAGGCUGCAAAAAAGUUUACACCAAGAGCUCGCACCUCAAAGCUCACCGACGGAUACACACAGGCGAAAAGCCGUACCACUGCACCUGGGAGGGCUGCACCUGGCGCUUCGCCCGCUCUGACGAGCUGACUCGGCACUUCCGGAAGCACACAGGCAUCAAGCCCUUCCGCUGCACCGAGUGCGACCGCUCCUUCUCGCGCUCCGACCACCUGUCCCUGCACCGCCGCCGUCACAUCAUGAUGUGAACUCUUUCGGUUAUUUGGAUUUUAUUCGAUUUUUUUUCUCCCUUCGCCUACGAAACAAACGUUGCCACUGCAGUUCUACGACUCAUCUGUGUGGGAGCACGAGGCAUUAAUGGAGGUUGGGGAUUUGUUUUUCACUCAUCCGUCCUUCCUUCCAUCCCUACAUGUUUUCCCAAAUGGUGAAAUCCCACGUCUGGAUUCCUCCUUCCUCGCUUGGGGCGUGGCGUUUAAUUUGAAAGACUUCCGGACAUUUCUCUUGGAUUUUAUCCCCAUUUUCUUUUGUGAUAGGAAUGCACAAUCCUUUUAAUGCAUUGUCAAACUGGGUGGGGUGUUUAAUUUGUACGAUCUAAAAGUAGAUGCCUGGACAAGUUAAUUUCUCGUGGACUUCAUCCCAUUUUCUUUCAUAGUAGGACAGCCCAACCCAUUUAUUGCAUUUGUCAACCUCUCACUGGAGUACAGGAGAUAUAAAACAUUUAUUUCAGCUUUGAGGUGUGGCAUUUAAUUUUUUAUCGUAAAAUUAGACGUCUUGACAACCAGUUUUUCAAGUUUUUUGCAAAAUCCUAACCCCUUUUGAUCAUUUGUUGUCAAGCUGUCUCACUGCAUCACAGGAGAUGUAAAGACUUGUUUUAUCCAUGGGGUGAGGCAUUUAAUGUUUACGAUCUAAAAGUAGACAUCGAGAGAACCAAAUUCAUUGACACUUUGAUAAUGGGACUUCCUAACCCUUUUAAUGCUCUGUUUGGAAAUUUGUUGUCAGGCUGUCUCACUGCACCACAUGUUAUGGAAGACAUUUAUGUCAUCCUUGGGGCACGGCGUUUAAUUUUAGAUGGUAGAAUUUGAUGUCCGGACAAUCACAUUGCUCAGUUUUCUUGCACUUUUGUAAUAGAAGUUCCCAACCAUGUUGAUGCAUUUGUCAAGCUGUUUCACUGCAGCAUAAGUGAUAUAUUUUCAUCCCUGGGGCACGGCGCUUAAUUUUUACGAUCAAAAGGUAGACUUUCAGACAACCGGAUUUCUCAUCAAUUUUAUCCCAUUUUCAGUUAUAGGAAUUCCCAACCCUUUGAGUGCAUUUUCUGCAGGUGAGGCAAUGUGCAACACACAUUUCAUCUUUGGGGUCCGGCGUUUAAUUUUGCAGUCUAAAAGUAGAUGUCUGAACACCCCCCCUAUCUAUUCGAGAACUGUGAACUUUUUAAAGAAUUGCUACGUCACAUUCUUUUUGCAUAUCUUCCUCCCGCACACACUUUAUGAUCAUAAAAAAACAGUAUUUGCGUGUUAUCGUUCAGUUUUGUAGUUGUUUUCGCUCCCUUGUGACAGAAAUAGUCUCUUUUUUUGUUGUUGUUUUUUAACUAUUUCCGAUCUUUGGUCGUCUUUUAAACGCUGUGAAGAAGUCGUCGUCGGAGAAGUUAGAAUUAUCUCGCAGGGAAAUGCGGGAGCUUCUUCCGAGCUUUUCCGAGUGGUGGCGCAUGUUUUUUCUUUCGUGUGUUUGUGCGUCUGCAUGUUUUGCAACGAACACAUCGUCGGAAUUUAGAAUUAUUAUUGAUAUUUUUUUGGAAUUCAACGAGUGUGCGUUCCGGGCACUUGGACCUCUUGCCCGUCGAGCCUUAAGAACCGAAGGCGACCUGAGGAAAAAAAAGACCAGAACCCCUGGUAGCCUACGUUCUGCGGAAACAGAAGCCGACUUUUGUUGGCAUUGUGGCAGGACAACCGGACAUCUUUUACAAAUGUCCAAUUCCCCAGUUUUAUCGAACACAGCAUAAGCCUGCAUUGUUGAUUCCCGGAUAAAAUAUUUUCUUGGACGAUCAAGAACGUUAGGAUGUUUCUUAUGCCGCCUUCGAGAAAAUUGGGACUUCACACUUUUCCUCAUUAUACAUUGCAAAAAUGGCAAUCGCAAAAGGCUACAUUGUUGCCUACUGACUAAAACACAGUCACUGAGGCGCUCAAUUAGGCGAAUUUAAAGAUGUCGGGAUGUUUUCCUUGCUACAUUUGAGGAAACCGGGAGGUACAACAUUUCCUCUCUAUAGGUAGAAAAAUUGCCCAUUUUUUCAAACGCAGCACAAGCUGUGCGUUGUCGCGUACCGAAAAAUAAUCGUUGGUGAUGAUCUGUAUUGUGCGAAUUCGAGUCACUCACAUUUCUAAUGACGUGUUUGAGAAAAUGGCAUUUCCCCACUUUUCCCUUUAUACGUAUGCAUUUAAGAAAACUGGGAUUUUACACUUUUCUUUCCUGUGUGUCGGAAAUUUCAUGGUUUUAUGGAAUGCAGCACAACAUGAUAAAACACAUCUCCAAUGGCAAUCUUUUCAGACUUCAGAUGUUCUUCUUUAGGAUUAAAAUUUAAUUGUGGGGGUGGUGGCAUUCUUGUCAUUUUGAAAGCUAGGACAUGAGACAGGAAUUUUUGUGGGCAUUGUUGAGAAAAAAAAAAAAAAGAAAACAAAGAAAAAAAACUAACCAACAACGUACCCCGUUAUUUCCGAGUUCCUAACGCAAAAACAUCUGAUCUGAUUCUCAUUUUCCCCACAUUUCUUACCUUUUCUCCCACUUUUCCUAGUAACAGGAUGUAAAUGUCCCAGUUUUCUUGAAUGCAGCAUAAGGCUACGUACUAUAGAGCUUUUCAUUUUGCAUCCGUGCCGCUGUUGUUCUUCAGGAUAUAUACAUUUACCUUGACUUUGUAACUUGAUGUACUUUUCCAAGUCACAGCUUAGAGAAAUUUCUGUAAAAAUGCAAACAUUUUUACAAUGUGGAAAAAUGUGAAAUCCCAGAUUUAGCAAAACCAGCAUUGGAAACUGACCACAGUGACUGUAUGCGACUCAAAUUUCCACAAUAGGAAGUAUCUUCAAGGGAGAUUUUUCGGAAAGCGAAGAUUUCUUGGGCUCGAUUUGAGAAAACUGGGCAAUUUCCAGCCAACAACAAGGAAAAGUGUGAAAUUUCCCGAUUUGAUCGAAUCCAGCCUCAGCUGGUAAAACACAUUUGACCACAGGCUUAUUUUACUGCUUACUUUCAUCUUAAAAAACAAUUGCAACCAAUUUUUUUCAGCGGCGACUUUCACAUCAAUCCGAAACCUAGGACACGAGAGCAUGAAUAAUGUUUGGGUAAAAUGAGGCAAAAAAAAAAAAAAAAGACAAAAACUAUCUAUCAUUCUUCGCGACUUAUCGACUCAAAAACAUCUGCCGAUUCACGUUUGGAGGGAUUUGUAUUUUAUUUUGUUUUUCAGAUUUCUCGCCUUUUUUGCUUGGUCUAACUACAAGAAGAAAACAGAAAAAGCACAUCUUUCUAGAAGAGUUUAUGCAUCCUUUUGUAAACAUUAAGGACAAUGACAAAAAAAUAAGAGUUAAAAAAAAGAAUCCAUGUACAUAAAUGUAUAUAAUCAAAAAGUAAAUGUAACGGGUGAAGUUCUAUUUUUAACACUGACUAGAUAAUGUGAACCUCCUUCCCUUUUUCUUCUACUUUGUUGGUUUUCUUAUUUUUACACCUUUUUUUUGUAGUUUCUUACAAAUAAUAAUAAUGAUAACAAUAAUAAUAAUAAUAAUAUUGGUCCCACUUGUGUUGUGCAUACUUGUGUUGCAUGGAGAGUCACCCUCUUGUUUUCCGAUAGUGACGUUGGUGAGCAUGUCGCUGUGUGCGUGUGUGUGCAAAACAUCAGACUUUUUGAGAGAUAAAAAUGUCUUGAGUUUUAUAUGAUCCAUUCCGCACAAAACCUUUAAGAAAAGAAAAAAGUCCCGUGUUGGCACCGAUAUUUGUUUGCGCGACGACGACGAGCUAGCAGUUAGCAUUUUGACGAUUUGUGUAUCAAUUUCUCGAUUUCUGUUUCAUAUUUUAUACAAAACAAAAAACAACAACAUUGGAACGAUCGACUACAUGCGUGCUAUGUGAUAUGUUAGUGAUUAAUCUUUCUCAAAAAAGGAAAGUGAUACAUCCGAUUUUUGUAUAAAACAAUGAUUCAUCGUGUUGCGCUCAAGUGACACGUUUCAGUAAAGCUAGCCAGGCGAGCUAGCCUAGCUUCAGUCUUUUGUAUCGCUCAUUUUGACUUAGACAAAGCGCUAAUAGUCAGCAAUUUGACGAUUUGGGGUACCAACGUCACAAUGUUUCUUCGUCAUAGUUCACAUUUUUACACAAAGCAAAAACAUGCAUGUUACAUGCGAACAUGUUAGCAUUAAGCACUACUUUAGCCACGUGGAUGCUACAUGCUAACAACAACCACUUUCUAUCAUUUUGAUUUACAGUGUUGAAAAGCUAAGGAUUUGGGGGUAAUGAAGGUGGUUUAAUUUUGAUGACGUUUUAAAAAAUUUUACUGCCUAGCAUGCUUGCUAACAUGUUAGAAAUCAUCCAUAUGUGUUGCUAUCAGUCGUCACAAUUGUGUUUUGCGAGCAAGAGGCCUCCAAACAGUUACUGUUUAGCCAUACAUGCUAAACUAGCUUUAUUGAUACUUUAGGCGAUUUUAAGUAAAAUAGUAUAUAUAUCAUAACAUCCAAAGCACAUUGGAUCAAAACGUUAGCCUUUUUUAAUUUUUUUUAUUUUUAGCUCAUACUAAUGAUAAUUUUCCAUUUUUUGGAUGUUUUCUGUGAGCUUGUUUAGCUUGCCUAACUUAUUCUGUAUGUUUAAAAAUAUACUUAUGUAUAUAUAAAAAAUAAAAAGUUUAAUGCCCGCUUUCGGGUCCCAAAUGCGGACGAGUGCCUCGUACUCGCCACCAAUCGCCACUUUUAUCUUCUAUUUUUUUUCCUCCCUGUUGAAUGCAGUAACUUUUUGUGGGCCAGUACUCUUUAUUUACUCAGUGCAAUGCAGUUAUUAUGGUUAUAAUGAUUAUAACAUUAAUAAUUUCUUUUGUAUUUGUGUACAGAACAAAAAGUUGUAAAGAUGGACGAGGAAGGGAAAAAAAAAGAAACAUGAGGUUUUUGAUACUGUGACUCUACUCUGGUGUUUAAAAGUCCUUUGUUUUCCUCUUCUGUAUACUUGUGACGAUUAUUUCUCAUCCUCCGUUAUUCUUCUUUUAUAGAAUAAACUUGUUUUUGGUGAAAUUUACUUCCUGUU